AUGCGGCUGCCCCUAACCCCGCGCGCCGCCUUAACGGCAUCUGCCUUAGCUGGGGCUUUGCGGGGAGCUGGAUUUGGAGGCGGGGGCCCUCGCUGGGCCCCGCUCGGGCGGCGCAGGGACACGGGCCCGCGUGGGCCCCGCGGCCGGGACGAGGCUCCCGGCACCUCCUUCCUGCUCCUCCUGCUUCCCAGGGAGAUGCUGGAUACCCAGGUCCAGACUGGCUUCUCCGAAGGAACCGGCUCCUGCGGGAAGGAGAUCGGCUCCCUGGCGAGGGUCAAGGUGAAGCGAUCUGGGCUGCUGGGGGGAAAAGUGACUGCAAACAAUCCUGCAGAGCGGGCAGGGAGCGGAGCCGUGGCCUGGGCAGGAACGAGGAACCCCGGCAGCCCUGCUGGGUCUUUAGUCAACCUCAUCGUGCAGGCCAAGUCCGGCACCGGCAAGACCUGCGUGUUCUCCGCCGUCGCGCUGGACGCGCUGCUGCUGGAGUGCCCGGCCACGCAGAUUCUCAUCCUGGCUCCGACGAGAGAGAUCGCUGUACAGAUUCAUGCCGUCAUCAUGGCCAUCGGAAUAAAAAUGGAAGGUCUGGAGUGCCAUGUCUUCAUUGGAGGGACUCCUCUGAGUCAGGACAAGGUCAGGCUGAAGAAGUGCCACAUUGCAGUUGGUUCCCCAGGUCGAAUAAAACAACUCAUAGAGUUGGAUUAUUUGAAUACUGCCAGUAUCCGUCUCUUCAUUCUUGAUGAAGCAGACAAGCUUCUGGAGGAAGGUAGCUUUCAGGAACAAAUCAACUGGAUUUAUUCUUCACUGCCAGCCAACAAGCAGAUGUUGGCUGUUUCAGCUACUUAUCCUGAAUCACUAGCUGAUGCUCUGACCAGAUACAUGAGAGAUCCAACGUUUGUGAGGCUGAACCCCACUGAUCCGAGUCUCCUUGGCUUGAAGCAGUAUUACAAAAUUGUCAAUUCCCAUCCACUUCCUCAUAAGACGUUUGAGGAAAAAGUCCGGCAUGUGCAGGAGCUGUUCAGCAAGAUUCCCUUUAAUCAGGCCUUAGUCUUCUCAAAUCUGCAUAGCAGAGCAAGAAACAAAGGAAGAUAAUCUGUUUAUAAUGUUUAUAUCAAUUUCUAAAUGUUUGUUUUUGUCUGUGUAGGUGGCAUGAAUCAAAGUCAGCGACUUGAUGCUAUGGCUAAAUUAAAACAAUUCCACUGUAGAGUUCUUAUUUCCACAGACUUGACAUCUCGUGGAAUUGAUGCUGAAAAAGUGAAUCUAGUCAUCAACCUGGAUGUUCCUGUGGAUUGGGAAACAUACAUGCAUCGCAUUGGCAGAGCUGGACGCUUUGGAACUCUGGGUUUGUCUGUGACAUACUGCUGCCGUGGAGAAGAGGAAAACAUGAUGAUGAAAAUUGCACAGAAAUGUAAUCUUCGACUUCUUCCCUUGCCAGAGCCCAUUCCUCCUGGAAUGAUGGAUCAGUUUGAAGGUUGGGAGGUAGAAGUCAAAGCUGCUGCACACACAGAUGCUUCCGUGAGUUCUGACACUGUGCUGCCUGGCCCAGAGGAACCGACAGAGCCACCAGCCCAAAGUCACGUGGCAGAGAUACCCCGGGCUCAUCCUGAUCUUCCUCGUGAUCGUCCUGUGGACAGGCCAAAGAAGACUCCGAAGCAAAAAACAAAAAGAUGCACAAAUUCAGCAAAAAUAGAAAAAAGUAACCCCCAAACUUCCAAUUGCAGCACAAAACAGAGGAAUCAAGCAGGAGCUGUCUCCAAAGCGGAGAAACAAAAUAUUGCUAAGGCUGCAGAUGAGGGUGUCUUAGAUCUUCCUAAAAUUCCGUGCUUGUCAACUUUCAAAACCCAAAGGCACAAUGAUUCCUGGAGUUUCUCAGAGUUUGUUGAAGACUAUGAGUAUUUCCUUAAAGAAGGACUGGAGAGGGAUGUGGAAAUUUUAAGAAGUUACUCAGGCCCGGAAAAGCCAUGUGCACUUCCCAGAAAUGGUGCUGUAGAGUGUAAAGAUGUGGAAGAUACUGUAGAGGCAGUAGGAAAUGAUGAUGUGUCUGUGGAUAGUGAUAGUUCGUACAGUUCCAGGGCCUCCUCUAAUAGCAGGGAAAAUAACUCAUGCUUUGAAGUGUUCUCAGAUGUACCAGAAAAGAAUGUUCCCAGCACAGGUCAGAGUUUUACAAGCUUCUCUCCUGCGCCAGAGGAGCCUCAGGAGCCAUCACAAGUGUCAAAGCCAAAUCAAAUGAAAAAGAAAGUUCUGAAACAAAAUGGUAAACAGAAGAGAAGUAAUUACCACCAACUCCCUAGCCCACAUCUGGAAGAAACUGAAGACAACAGCUCGGGCAGCCCUUGGGGUGACUGUGUUCCUGGCUUUCCCCAUGAAUCUUGGAAUUACAAGAAGUACUGGAGAUCUUACUAUCAAGCGUGGCAAAACUACUACGCUGCGGCGUCUCGCAGGCACUACAGGAACAGCUACAGCCACUUCAGCUGCGCGAACGCCUUCCACGUCAACGCGGUGUAUCUGCAAGAGCUGCUGAGAGAUGAUGGUUGA